AUGAGAUUCAACCGGCAGGGUGCGGAUUUCAUCAAGAUCAUGGGCGGUUGUGGGGUUUCCAGUCCGACGGAUCGCAUUGACCAUGUGCAGUUCUCAGAUGAGGAGAUCAAGGCAAUUGUGACUGUGGCAAGGAACGCGGGGACAUAUGUCACCAGUCAUAGCUAUACGCCGCAGGCUAUUCAGCAGGCGAUCAAUUUGGGUGUUCGGGGAAUUGAGCAUGGAAACUUGAUUGAUUCUGAGACUGCGAAGAUGAUGGCUGAGAAAAAUUGUUUCCUGACGCCGACUCUUAUUGCACAUGUCAUGUCUAAGCAGAUGAAUUUCCUGCCGGCGGAUGGCGCAGCGAAGAAUGAUGAGGUUCUGGCGAAGGGGUUGAGGGCUAUGAAGAUGGCUGUUGACGCCGGGGUUACUGUUUGCUUUGGAUCGGAUCUGCUGGGACCGAUGCAUUUCGCGCAGAGUAAGGAAUUCUUGGUGCGUAGUCAGGUCUUGACUGCUGUGGAGAUUCUACGCAGUGCUACGGCGAACGCGGCGAGGUUGCUUAUGCAGGAGGAGAGAUUAGGCCAGGUGAAGCAAGGCUUUGCGGCAGAUUUGUUGGUUCUUGACAACAAUCCGUUGGAGGAUAUUACUGUUUUGGAUAGAUUCGAGGAGAAUGUCCUUGGUGUCAUCAAGGAUGGAAGGAUCAUGACAUCUCGGUGGGAGAAGUUGAGGGUUGCGGCGUAA